AUGGCCCAUCACUAUGAGUCCUGGUUACGGACAGCACCAUCUAGUGGCAACUCCGAAGACAUCAACAACAUCCCUUCCUGGUGGGAUCUCCAGAGGGAGGUUCACUCAGGGAACUGGAUUGAUCUCCACACAGGGCAAGGUUUCGGUUUGCCUUCCGUGAGUCCAGGGAGCUCCAUGGGUCUGCAGUCCUCUUUAGCAUCCUACGGUUCCGACCCGCAGCUCUGCACCUUGCCUCUGACUCAGCAUGUACCGCCAUCGCACUCGCCUCACUUCUUCCCUCAGGACGGCUUCAAGAUGGAGCCUCUGCCUGCUGAAAUCCUGCAACAGGAGCCGCUCCCCCUGGAGGAGCCACAGGAGAAUGUCGGGUUGGCCCGCCCAAAGUCCCAGCGACGCGCUUCCAGAGGCGGCGGCACGGCGGCCUGUCGCUGCCCUAACUGCGUUCACGCGGAGCAACUGGGUCAGAGCGCCGACGACAGCCGGAGGAAGCACAUGCACAACUGCCACAUCCCCGGCUGUGGCAAAGCCUACGCCAAGACCUCCCAUCUGAAGGCUCACCUACGCUGGCACAGCGGGGACAGGCCGUUUGUCUGCAACUGGCUCUUUUGCGGCAAGCGGUUCACGCGUUCCGAUGAACUGCAGCGCCACCUGCAGACGCACACCGGCGCCAAGAAGUUCAGCUGCACGCUGUGCCCUCGAGUGUUCAUGCGCAACGAUCACCUGGCCAAGCACAUGCGCACGCACGAUUCCACGGCCGGGCGCGGUGAGGAGAGGGUGAACGGAGAGGAAAAGGUCUUUGAUUCCUCCAAACCUCCUCAGUCAUCUUCAAACAUGUCCAUGCCUGACACCUCAGAGUCUUCCCUCAAGUUGAAGUGUAAGACAGAGUCCUCUGUCUCCAGUGGAACUGGAUAGUGAACAUCAUUUCAUAACCACCGUCAAGAUUUUAAAAGGUUUCUGUCUGUUGCACUUUGUGUCAUAAGACUUGUACAAUGGAGUGUUUUAGGUUAAAAAAAAAGCUACUUGGAACAGAAUGUGCUCUGCAAAAUGAUUGACAUUGAGCGAACCACAAACUGAUAAACCAGAAAGGCUCUCAGUAGAGCACAGACCUCUGCUGAGGUGAGUUUUUAUGUUUGUCCACCUGUAUGUUAGCAGGCCUGCUUUAUAGAGGGUGAUGUAAGUGUCAGAACCGUAGGGGAGUUUUUAUCAUGAUGCUCUGAAAAAUUCAGAAUUUCUCUUGUCAAUGAGGAAUAACGUACAAGGAUGGGAUUUGCAUGAUAGUAGGUCUCCGCUAUUUUUUAUAUGUGUUCCAAGAACUCCCGACAAAGGCAAAAAAAACUGCUAAUAACUAUGAAAAAGCUCUAGAGAGCCUCUUGUUUAUACAUGAAACCAGGGGUCUCCAACAGGCAGCAGAUUUUGAGUACUUGCCAAAACUCUUUGCUAUUUUUAAACGUGCUCUGUUCAGUCUAUUUGAUGACAAAACUAGUGUUGUCAGAUGAAUAAUUUUUUUAUGUAUAAUUAAUUUGUUUUUAAUCUCACCUAAAAAUUGAUGGCAUGGUCGAUCAAAAGAUUGACGUGUAUGACAAAAAAGGUGGCUUGUAAACUCAUUUAAGUGUGACUUGAAAGUACCGUAUUUUUCAGACUAUAGGGCGCACUUAAAAUCCUUUCAUUUUCUCAAAACUCGACAGUGCGCCUUAUAACCCGGUACGCCUAAUGUACGGCAUCAUUCUGGUUGUGCUUACCGACCUCGAAGCAAUUUUAUUUGGUACAUGGUAAAAUGAUAAGUGUGACCAGUAGAUGGCAGUCAUACAUAGGAGAUACGUGUAGACUGCAAGAUGACGCCAGUAACCAACACCAAAACUUUAAAUGUUCCAUUGAGAAUAUAGAACAUUACACACGGCGCUCAAAAAUCUGUCAACAUUUUUUUAGUACAACUUCAGUAAGCUGUGAAGCCACACCGCUUGAUGGAUUGUACAGUGCGUCAACAUACGAGUAUUAUUAUGGUGUGUGUAUAAGGACCGCAAAAUAGCACCUAUUAGCAAACAUAUUACCUGGCGUUCUGUUUUGCAAUAUUACCUUCUGGUACCUGCUGAUGUGUAUUUGGGAUCUGCAUAAUUCCUGAAAAUGUGCACGCGUCCACCAUUGUAGUCCGUGGCGACGCCGUAGUCAUAAGUGUCUUCUUUUUCUCUCUCUUCUUAUGUGGCAUUCAUCCUCCGCUGUUGCCAUUUCUAAUAUAAAGUAGCGUAAAGUUCUUACUUAUAUCUGUCAGUAGACUAGCUAUCAAAGCGCUAAAAACUGUAGUGGGUUUACAUAAUUCACCCACGGAACUUUAGUUAUGAGAGGCUUCCGGUCGGACGGUUUUUCACGGGACAUAUUUCCGGGGUUGAUGUUGCAUUAUUUAGCCACGGAUGAUAUGAUCCAUUUAUCCAUUUUGCUGCUCCGUUAUUGAUUGAAGUAAAGUCUGAAUGUCAUUAAAACAUUUAGCUCCACCUUUUGACACUUCUUCUACUCCCGUCCUUGCUACAACAAAGAUGACGGAGAAAAGACGCUGUCGAAGGUGAGCCACGUAAAUAAGACCGCCCACAAAACGGUGCAUCCUGAAGAGACGCUCAGAAAGCUACUUGAAAAUGGUCUGUAAAACAUAAUCUUUGCAACAUUUUGACCAAAGAACCAUCAUCACAUGUUAUGUAGCCAAAUUUAGAAAAAAUAACAAUAUGACCCUUUUAAUGCGCCUUAUAAUCCAGUGCGCCCUAUGGUCCGAAAAAUAUGGUGCACAAGUCAGUAAUACAUCACACAAACGGAAGUACAAUAGUGAACAAUAAUAAUAACAAAUCUAUGGCUGUGCCACUUCAACAUGUCCAGCUCAUAUUAUGUAUUUCAACUAGGGAUGUAACAAUAUGAACAUGUCAUCUAUUGCGGUUAUUGUGAGCAAAAUGAUCGUGAUAUUGUUGUUGGUAUACACCAGGGGUCGGCAACCUUUACCACUCAAAGAGCCAUUUUGGCAAAUUUCACAAAUUAAAGAAAGUAAUGGGAGCCACAAAAAAAUUUCUAAAAUUUAAAAUGAAAAACACCGCAUACAAAGCUUAAAUGCUUUGUGCUAUGUUAACCAGGGGUCUCCGACACACGCACCAGCACGCACUUUAAUGUGGAAAUUUGAUGUUAUACUUGCCAACCCUCUCAUUUAUCCCGGGAGACUCCCGAAUAUCAGAGCGUGAUGACACUGCAAUUGGCGCCCUCUACAGUCUGCCCUAACAGUGUACCUGCUUGACCACAUGUAGAAUGCAGCUUCAGUUUGCUCACGUAAGUGACAGCAAGGCUACUACCUCAGCAGCCACACAUCUUACACUGA